AUGCGGAAAGAGUUCAAAUAUUAUAACCGUUUAACAAGACUAGAAACGGGAAUUUCAACUGAUCCCGUGAGAAAUAUAAUCUCAGCGUCAAAGGAAUGGUGGGAUGAGAAAAUAAAGAUCAAUCUGGAUUAUAGGCCAGCAAGCCCGGAACCAGAUAUAUUACGAGGCUUUAUUCGGGAUACCGCAGCUGUUGGAGACAAGGCUAAGGUACCUUGCGAAUUUGGCGACGGUAGCACUCCGGAUGAUGUACAGUUUGUGGAUAUUACGGAUGGAAAAGAGGAUACUGACGAAGUCCGGUUUUUUGAUGAUGUUGAUUCUUUUCUCACAUAUGAUAGUUCUAGUAAGAAAAGGAGGGGAAAGAAGUUAACUCCCAAGCGUGACAACAAAAGGAACUUUGAAGGAAAAAAUGAAGGAAAAAGUGAAGGAAAAAUAGCGCAAGAAGAAUCUUGUAAUCCCCGCAAUGAUGAAGGAUACGAUGAUGAUAUUGAGCCACAUGACGAAGUAUCGAGUGGACAACAUAGAAAUGAUGAUAUGUAUAUGAGUGCAGUACGCGAUACAAUUACAGGACAAAUUUUCUCAAUGUCAAACACUCGUGCACGUAAUGACGUAUGA